CCAAAGCCCCAACUGCCACGCUCCCCCGACACCCAACUCGCUGGCUGGCUCCCGCCCGCGCCCGCGGAAGCUUCCCCAGGCCCCCGCCUUAUAAAGGACCACGCGCCCGCACGCCCACGCCGCACCACCACCACGAGCGCACGCCGCACGCGCGCCCCACUUCUCGCUCUCUUCAUCCGCCGCCGCGCCGCGCUCCGCUCGUGUCCGCGCGCACGUGUGCAGUCGCGCUCGGUCGGCGGCCGGCUAGCUAGCCAUGGCGACGGGCAGGUCGAGGGAGGCGGCGGGCCCCGCGCGGUGCCGGCGGCACCCGAAGCACCGGCACGCGGCGGGCGUGUGCCCGUUCUGCCUGCGGGACCGCCUGUCGCGCCUCUCCGCCGCCGCCGCCUCCGGCCCCGCGCGCUCCGGCGCCACCGCGUCCGCGUCGCCGUCGUCGGCAUCCUCCCCGUGCUCAUCGUGGGAGGAGACCGUCGCGCCGUCGUCAGCCCAGGCCCCGCGGCCGCGCCGCGGGAGCCUGGGCCUGCUGCUGCGGCAGGAGGGCCGGGAGGCGGCGGCGCUGGCCGCGGGCCGCCGCGCGGAGCAGGAGCAGGAGCAGCAGCAGGACGAGAGGACGGCCAGGAGGGGCGGCAACUUCUGGGCGCGGCUGCAGCAGCAGCUCCACCACGGGGGCUGGCACCGGAAGGACGGGUGCUCAGCGGCCGCGGAGAAGCAGGGCGCCCCCGCCCCCGCCGCCGCGCCGCACAGGCGGGCGCCGGUGGUCUGACGAAGGCGACGACGAAUCGGAGACCGUGCCGGUGGACGAGCGCGUCGAGCUGUGUUCGGUUGUGUGCUGUUCGCCUGUUCCUGUGUGUUACGCUGUUGGUUAUCUCGCAACCCUCCCCUUCGGUUUCUCUUCUUCCUGUCCUGUGAUCUGCUGGCCGAGUGGCGGCGCAUGGCGGGCCUAAUGGCUCGCCCAUUUUGUAAACAUCUCCAAAAACGAAGCUCGCACUCGGCUCAUUCGUGUUCUUCCGCCACCA